CCAGGCUAGUGAAUGAAUUUUUUUUUUUUAGUAUUGCGUGGGCGGAACGACCUAAACAGUGGUCAAUGGUAUAUAUUUUAACCAAUCGCAAAAUUUGUCUAUAGUAUUUACCGUAGAACGAAAAAAUGGCAGCAGAUGUUCCAUUUACAGAUGGCAACGACGAUUUGAACUCAAGAUUUGCCGAAUUGGAGCUUACUGAAGAGCACAUUGAUAAUGAACUGAACGCUCCAGAUGAAAAGCUAUGGUAUCAUGGAAGACUGGAUAGACAGUCAGCAGAAGAAUGCUUACUCAAAAAUGGGAAAGUUGGCAGUUACCUGAUACGAGAAAGUGACAGCAAGCCAGGGUCAUUUGUGCUGUCUUACCUCGGACAGUCUGGUCCUCCUACUCAUUUCAGGAUCAUUGCUAUGUGUGGAGAUUAUUACAUUGGAGGACGUCAAUUUGAGUCCCUAUCAGAUUUGAUCGGCUAUUACACAACAUGUUCUUGCUUAAUAAAAAAUGAGCAGUUGAGAUAUCCGGUUCCUCCAGCAGAGCCUGUAAAUGAUAGACGCAGGGUUUUGGCCAUGCUUUCCUAUAGAAAAAUGCCUGAAUCUGAUGAAUUGAAUUUUGACAAAGGAGAUACUUUUAUUGUCCAAAAUGAGCUUGAGAAUAAUUGGUUAUGGGUAACUGCAGAAAGAACUAAGGAAAGUGGCUUAGUACCUGCUCAAUUUGUUGAGGAAUUGACAUGCAAUGGAGACCCAGUGGAAGCACUUCCUUAUUUCCAUGGCAACAUUACAAAAGAUGAAGCAGUAGAUAAACUUUUAAAAGCUGGUGAAGGCAGUUAUUUAGUUCGACCAAGUGAAAACUCCCCUGGUGAUUAUUCAUUAUUUUUUCUUUGUGGAAAAGAAGUGAGGCGAUUUAGAAUUGACAAAAAAGGGCGCUACCUUCAUUUAGGAGGGAGAUAUUUUGACAGCUUGGAUGAUAUAAUCAAGCGUUAUACAUCAGAAGAAAUAGUGGAAGGGUCCAAACUAAUAUCAGCCGUGUACAGAUCUAAUAGACAUUUUAGUAAUAUAGAUGAUCGGUUUGAAGCAGUGGAUGGCACAGAUGAAACAUACUCCUCCAUCAGACAAAGCUCAGGACCAAGUUUGCUGACACGCAGCAAUGAUCGUAUUGAUAUGACUGGCUUUCUCAACAAACGCAGCGAUAGAAAAAAGAUUUGGAAGCCUUUCUACUUUGUUCUUAAUGGAACAGAUAAAUAUUUGUAUUAUUUUGAAAAUGACAAGAAAUCCAAACCCAAGGGAAUCAUUGACUUGAGUUAUAGUGCCCUCUACCCAGUUCAUGAUAGUCUUUUUGGAAGGGCAAACUGUUUUCAGAUAGUUAGUAACUAUGACAAUAUAAAUGAACAGAUUUGUUAUGUUUGUGCUGACAGCUCUGACUUGACACAGAAAUGGAUUCAGUUUCUAAAACCUUACUGUGACAACUCAAGAGGUACCCGAUCACCUGGUCACCAUGCUGCACUUAAAGAAUUUCACAAACUGGAAGUCAGUAUUCUAGAUGCUCACAGAUUUCCGCCUAAAUUUCUUAACCACCCUUACUGUGUUCUGGCCUUAAAUGGUGUUCGUGUUGGCAAGACAGAUGUGGGAGAAGGUUCAAAUCCUUUUUGGUCGGCUGGUUUCUUUUUAGAUGAUAUUCCACCAACAGUUGAAUCCUUUACUGUUCUGUUAUUCAACAAAAUAAAAAGAUUGAAAGAUACAGAGAUUGCUUCAGUGACAAUAUCCUUAUCAGAACUUUCGGGUAGAGGGUACGUUGAUGAUGCUUACACAUUACAGCCUGUUGCUGGCACUAAAUACGAAGUAGGUUCACUGCGACUGAAGUCACGUUAUCAGCAUGAAAUAAUUAUGCCCCAGGAUGAAUACACAAGCUUAAAAGAGUUAUUAUUAGAUGAUGGGUACGAGCAUAUUCUGACCUUAGCCCAAGUUUCUGGAGAAAGUGAACGUACAACACUUGCUUAUGCCUUGUUGCAAAUUUUUAGGCAUGAGAAAAAAGAGGCUGGACUUUUAUGUACAUUGAAUGAUAAAGAAAUUGAAAAAGAAGCUGAGGUCUCUACUCUAUUUAGAGCAGGCUCUUUAGCAACAACCCUGAUGGUGCAAUACAUGAAGAUGACUUCUACGGCUUUUGUUCAAAAAGCUGUUAAAGAAUCAGUUCAGAAAAUUGUUGAGCUCAAGCAAUCUUGUGAGCUGGAUCCUAAAUUCUUAGAGAAUUCAACUGAUCAGCAAUCAAAUUCUGAAUUUUUUCUUCGCCUUCUGACAGAGGUUGUGGAAUCCAUUUUUUCUUCUAUAGAUGUUUGUCCUGUCACACUACGCUAUGUAUGCAAUUGUUUACAAAAAAGAGCAAAAACAAAAUGGCCAGGUGAUGAAACUGUUAAAACUAGAGUAGUAAGUGGUUUUAUUUUUCUUCGGCUGCUUUGCCCUGCAAUUUUAAACCCAAAGUCUUUCAAUUUAGUUACAGAAAAUCCUUCUGAAACGGCAGCAAGAACACUCAAACUUGUAGCAAAAGCUUUACAAAACUUGGCCAAUCUUGUAGAUGUUGGACCAAAGGAAGCUUACAUGGAAGUGGUUCAACCUUUUGUCAAGAAGAACAAAGACAGAAUGAUUUCAUAUCUUGAUGAGCUUUCAAGUGUUCAACGUGAACCUUCAGUCCAUGAAAUACUACCUGGAGAUCCAGCCCGUGAAUUGGCAACUAUACAUCACUUGUGUGAUACUCAUUUGGAAGCACUUAAAGACAUUAUGCAAAGACAAGUUUCUACUAGAAAGAUUGUGGUUGUGACAGAAAUGCUGACUAAUCAUAAGAAGAGAUACAUGGGAGAUUCAUAAGACAAAAAGCCAAAUAAUUUCACCUUUUCUUGGAUUGGGUCGAAGACUGGAUUCUGCCUAAGAGUCAUCCUUUUGGCAAUAUAAUUACUUUUAUUGCUUGCCUCUUAGUCAGGAAGAGUUUCUAGUGAUUUCUUGCAAUGUAUAUCACACAAAAAAAAUGGCAAACUGAUAUAUGCCAACUUAAACAUGUAUGUAUAUAUAUAUAUAUAUUUAUAUAUGCAUAUGACCAGCACAACUUAAAUUGUGUCUAGUACAAGUUUGUAAAAAAAUGGUCAUGUCACUGGUAUUCAUAUGAGAUUAAUAUCAGGUAUUAACCUGUAUAUGUACAUAUACUGGUAUAUACCUUUUGAUCUGUCUAAGUAUACACACAUAUUUACAUACAUUCAUAUAGAAUACACACACACACACACAAAGGGAGCUUUUUAUGAUCCAAUGUUUUACAUAUAUAUAUUGGGCAAGGAUGGGGAGUGAUUGGUUCUUCUUCUACCAGAUCAUAUGUUAAGAUGGUAGAGGGUUAAGCAUUCCUUGAAAUCAAAAUCCAUUCACUUUUGGACAAAAUAUGUGUGUGUGUGUGUGCCCCAGCCUGGACAAGAUAUUGACUUAGGUCAACAUCAUCAAACCACUUCUGUGUAUCAGCAUGUACAGUAGUACUCUACCCUUUCUGGGGAUUUCAUUGUACUGGCAAUUUUUUUUUAAUUUGCAUGUUUUACCCACCCCUCCCUACUGUUUCAGGUGUUUUUUGUUUUUUUUUACAAACUUGAUUAUUUUAUUUUUCAUAAACAUACAAAAACAAGGACUAAAUGGUCAGAUAAUCACUUGUGACUGUAUUAUAGAUUUGUUGCUUUGAUUGUUUGUAGUCAGUUCUGCAAGAUAUGCCAUAUGUAAAUACUGUCGGUCAUUUUUUAAAUCUUGUUUGUUUUAAUAAGAGAAGGGCUGAGCAGAGUUGCUUACCUGAUAAACAUAAACAAGUGGUACAAAAGUGAUUAGAGUAAUAAUAGAUACAUUUUGAAAGGGGAUCACUUGGAUUAUUUUGUUUUCUUUUACUGAUAUAGAACUGAUGCAACUUAAAGAUUAUGUACAUUGUCUCUUUGCCUCACACAGGUAUUUGGUCCACUAAUUUUGUACAAUACCAGCAGUUACAAUGAAAAUCUUCUAUCUGAAUUUAUUUCUUUAGGUCAGUGUUUCCUAAACUUUUUCACUAACAGAACACUUAGCACAUUCUGAAUAUUUAGCGGGACACUUUGCCUAUUUUUUUUUUUCGAGAGAUUAAUUCACAUCGUGGCUUCUAGUUAAUUAUUACAGUAGUUUGCAGAACACCUAUUUAGGCCUCGCAGAACUCAAGGAGUUUGGGAAUCACUGCUUUAGGCCUAUUCUAUUAAAAGAUAUACCAGUCAAAAAUGUGUCAUAAAGUAGCUGUGAACUUGUUCUUUAUUACUCCCAUUUUUAUAGCUUUACCAAGUGGGAAAAAUAAACUUUUCAUUAAUAGACACUAUCUGUCUAAUACAAAGCUUACCUGGAUACUAGACUGGCUACUAGUAAUGUAAAACAAUAAUUAAUUAUUUGUAACAGGUGUGUGACAAGGUCUAGAUCAAGGCUACACAAGCUGCUAUUACUGCUCUGUAAGCCUAAUUCUAUUAUAUGGGCUUGGUAUUCAGGCAAUGUCGAGGGGUUAUGGUCUACCUUAUCUAGACUGUGUUAUGGACUAUACUAAGUUACAUUUUUGUAAUCAAUGUUGUCUGAAUUUUUACGUAUACGCUACAUUUAAAAAAAAACAAACUACUAAUUAAAAAUGUCCCACCAGUGCCAUUACAUUUUAUUCUUAAUAUCCUGAUAAAACAAAAUAAAAAAAUAUUUUUAUUUUCUUUCAGAAUGUCAUUUCAACACAUUUUAAUGACGAAAGCAAAUUUUUACGUAUUUUUUUCAUUAAAAUGUGAUUUUUUUCCCUAAUAUUCUAAAUAUGACAGAGUUUAGGAUAUUUGGGGUAAGAAUAUAAUUUUUGGCCACAAGCUGGACUCAUUAUGCAAAGUAGGCAGCUCUGUUAAUGCUGAUUUGGUUAAUUUACUUUUGUGAAUGCUGCCAGUUCAACUUAUAUCCUCAUGUAUGUACUAAAAUCCAAUUUUUAAAAUUAACUAUUUGAUCCUGCUUUAAAAAUGUUUUUAAUUUUCUAAAAAUUUUAGUUUUAAAAUAUAAUCCUUUAAUUACAAUUAUAUCUUUAAUAUAAAUAUUGCUCAUAUUGAAGUGGAAACAUGGUUGCAUUCAGUAUUUAAUCUACUUAUGGAUAUUUUCUAAUGUAACUAUUUUAGAACCUGACAGUCACAGUUUGAAAUGAUCAGUGGAGUGUUCAGAAGGUGAAACUGUUUAACAUAACUUUAUACCUCUAAAAUAAAAAAAUUGGAUAACAAGAUUAAGGUUUGUUUCACAAUAAAUUUGAAGAAACAAAUUUUUCAGAUUCUCUAGGUAGGGAAAAAAAAAGUAGUUGCUGUUUUUUCUUGACAAAUUCUGUUUUUGCUCUGUCAUGUGGUAUUGAAUGUUUUUCUUGACCAAAAAAUAAGGGCAAUUUAUUUCGAAAGAAUUAAGUUGGUCUCGUGAAGAUGUAUUGAACAAGUUAUGAUUGUUUCAUGGUUUUAUUUAUUUUAUAAAUUAAAACUAUACUGGUGCGUCUACAUUCAACAACUCACAUUGUUUGAAUUAAAGUGUGAAUUGUUUCAGAAAAUGUCAAUUAACUCAUAAAUCAUUAGAAUUAUGGAAAAACAAAUUAAUAAGUUAUUAUAUUUUCUACAUCAUCCUCUUCAGUGUAGCUGUUAGGUGCUGUGGUUAGUGUAGCUUUUAGGUGCUGUGGUUAGUGUAGCUUUUAGGUGCUGUGGUUAGUGUAGCUGUUAGGUGCUGUGGUUAGUGUAGCUGUGGUUAUGUAUCAUUCAAGUUUCCCUUAGACAUGUUUUCCAUAAAUAAGGUUUUGUAAAGUGCUCUAACUUUAUUGGUAGAAAUUGUGCUCCCAAUCUGAGGAUCUCCUCUUAACAUGUAUACCAAUUGUAGUUAGAAAUGUCAAGACCACAUCCUGUCCUUGAAUACUAAGCCUCAACAUUUGGUCAGCUAGAAACGCUCCAGUUUUGAUGUACAAAAGUGUGUGCUACUUACCAUGAAGUGAACAGAAAAGGUUUCAUUGAGUAAAUAUUUGUUGACCAGAUUUUUUGUUAUUCUACAUUGUGACAAUAACACUGUGACAUGAAGUUGCAUUUAUAAAUUAUAAUUUUGUUUGUUUGUUAUUGCUUCAAAUGACAUGUUCAUGCCUUUGACCUUAACUGUUAUCAUUUAAACCAUAUUUAUUGCAUUUUUCCUGUAUUUUUAACUUAACUGAUUCAUUGAUGAAUUGGAUACAAAAGACAUAAGCAUAUAGUCUAAAUUUGAAUGGCUGUAUGCAAACUUUGUGCCCAGACUUUUACUUUAGCUGUACAUUCUUUGUUGUUUAUUUUUUACUGUUCUAUGUUAGUUAAUGGAAGGUCAUCAUUCCAUCAACACACCAGUAACAUUUUGUAAUAGUAUGUUGAUCCAACACACACACACACAACUGUUGUUUAACAUUUGUGGCUUGUAACAGUGAACAUGUUUUUAUACCAAUUCCUACAACUGGUUCUCCUUGAAAGUGCCAUAGAGGCUGGGUGUCCAGUGAAGCAGAAGAGCAGUGAUUAGAAACUGUGGACAUUGCCUUAACUCUCACUGUAUUUCGUCCAUUUUGUUUGUAUAAAGAUGAAAGAAAGUUUGCAUGAACUAACACUAGAAUAAAAUAAUGAAAAGUUU